CUGGUUCUGCUUCUAUAAAAUCAGCAAAGGUGUUUCUGAAGAGCCACAGACACCCUGGAGAGCAACACAUCUACUGAGACAUGCAAAGCCCUACCAAGCCUCAGUUUUCCAGCUGGCUCAUAGAGCAGGUUGGGGCGGGCCAGUACCCGGGCCUGUGCUAUGUGGGCAUAAACAAGUUCAGAGUCCCCUGGAAGCACAACUCCAGAAGGGACUGCAAUGAUGAAGACAGUAAAAUAUUCCGGGCAUGGUCAGAAGCAAGUGGAAAAAUCCACGAGUUCCCAAACAACAAGGCCAGGUGGAAAACAAACUUCCGAUGCGCUCUCAACAACCUCUCUAAAGGUUUCGAGUUGAUAAGGGAUAAUUCCAAGAAUAAGGAAGACCCUCAUAAAAUCUAUGAGAUCAUCAACACUGACUCAGGCAACCUUGAAAGUCAGCCAGUACAAGACUCCCAGGAGGAUGCUGACAUGAGUCCAGAUAUCUACAACUCUCCCACAGAGGACCAACCUUCAGGAAAUGAGCUAAUUCUUCUGAACAAUUUCAUGACCUUGGACCUUGGCAGCCAGCCAUCAGAUGUGCAACUAUGGGCAAAAGACUAUGUUCAGCAGAAUCCAGCUGUCCCUGAAAGCUAUCCUGUAGCAGCCGAGAGCCAUCCACAGCAUAUAGCAGAGCCGCCUGCUUACUUAAAUCCUCCACAAGUCCUCAGUUCACCUCUGCAGCCGACUAUAUAUGACCUGGAGAUCUCCAUCCACUACAGGAAAAGAGAAAUGCUAAAGACUACGUUUAGCACUGCACUUCUCCAGCUCCAUUACCACAACGAGGUCCCUGAGUUCAACGCACAUCGUCUCUGCUUCCCCUCCACUGAUGGUCUGCUCGACCAAAAGCAGGUUGAGUACACUAACCGCAUCCUGAACAGCAUCCAGAGAGGUCUCUUUCUGGAGGUACGGGACACCGGUAUCUACGCCUGGAGGCAGGACAAGUGCCAUGUGUUUGCCAGCACCAGUGAUCCCAGUGUGGCUCACCCUAACCCCAGCAAGCUGCCCCCAAACACCAUUGUGACGCUCCUGAGCUUUGAGAAGUAUGUGCAUGAACUGAAGCAGUUUAAAGAGAACAAUGGUGGCUCUCCUGAAUACGCCAUCAACAUGUGCUUUGGAGAGAAGUUUCCUGAUGGGAAACCUUUAGAGAAGAAGCUUAUAGUUGUCAAGGUGGUCCCUCUGAUCUGUCGACACUUUCAUGAGAUGGCCCAGAUGGAGGGGGCUUCGUCUCUUCACAGCAGCAAUGUCAGCCUCCAGAUCUCACACAACAGCCUCUUUGAUCUUAUUAACAACGUCUUUAGUCUACCCACAGCUGAAGAGCCAGCGAGGGCUGCUGCACCUUUUCAAACUCAAAUAUGAAAUCACUCAAACAUUUCAAAUCUCAACUAUCCAUGGGACCACCCUCUGCUCUGCAAAAAAAAAUUCUCAAACUGGUAAAUUGUUCAAUGUGUCAGAAACUGAAGCACAAAAAACAGGAAUUAGUUUGAAGAUUGCAUACCGUCAAUAAUCAAACACGUUGCUGCUUUGCAAUGCCUCCUGUUUUCAUUAGUCACAAAUGUUGGGAAACCUUUUUUUAUCACUACACCAGUAGAUAUGAGCUCCUCCUCUAUUGGACUGUUACAUUACUCACUCAAAGGCCACAGGUCUUGCCUUAGAAUACUUUUAUAUGAUAACUGUACAUGUCAAAUCACCUGCUAAUGAAAUGUACGGUUCCAUUAAUAUUAUAUAUGUACGUAGGAACAGAAUGAGGCCCUAAAUGAUGGGAAAUCCUUCAUAAGAAGUUUUUCGAUAUUUAUGAACUUGUAAAAUGCUUAAACUGGAUGGGGAUGUAUGUUUCUGUAUGAGUCAUACUGCCAUUGACUGCAAUGUUUCCUUGUUUGUGAUGAAUGUUUUUGCACUUACCCUUUUCACGCACUUUUUACACUGGAAAAAUCCCUUUGAAAAACUGUCAUUAAGAUAUUAAAUAAACUGUUUAACUCCGAA